AAAUCCGUAUUUCGUAUUGGUUCGUGCGCCGUGGUUUCGGCGGCGGUGCGUGGUCUCAGCGUUUUGUUUACAUCAUUUCAUAAUUUAUAUCUGAUCUAAGCCCAGCAAAGCAUGGCAAGAAGGAAGGCGGUGAAAAAGAACGCGAAACAUGUUCUGGCCGGGUCGCUGAAAUCACCGGUACGCACCUCGAAUAAGCCUAAACACCCUCUGGCUGAAUCCACCAGUAUUGUGCUCAAGGACCUCAUCGAUAAUCAUUGGGCAACCAUCUCAUCAUCCCCUGACUUGGACGAAGCAUCCAGAGAGGCUCUGGACGAAGGCCGAGAUGCUUUUGUUGCAGGUAUUGAUCGUGCCUUUGCAUAUCUCGCACCCAGUGGCCUUGACAUCAGUACCUACACGCAGAAAGAGGCAUCUGCAAGGAGCACCCUUGCACACUUAAGGAAAAUGGCCAAGGAAAGGGAAGAAAGCAACUGGCAAAUGAUGCAGUUCUUCAGACAGCUGAAAUCUGGAAAAAAACAGUAGGUGACGGCAAGCGAUGCUACCGAAGAGCGAGAUCUGCCCGGCCUAAAUGAAUUGUUGCUUGGUGCUAGAGCUUUCGAGGACACCCUUCGUUUCUAAUAAACUCAUGUGUAGCCACGUCUGA